AUCGUUCGUAAACGAUAGAAUACAAAGGCAACAUAGAAUUUGAUCGACAGCUAUCGUUUGACAAGCCUCCAUUUUGAAAACUGAACAAGGGUGUGGGCGACCUGUAUCUAAUUCGAGUCUGUAUAAAACACUACAGUCCAUCAUGGAUCCAGGUUACAGGGAGAGACAGGGCUACUACAGCCGAGAACAGGACCCGCAGCAGGACAUCCGUCACCACCAGCAGCAACAGCAUCAGUUGCAGCAGCAGCAGCCACAACUCCUACCACACUAUGCCCACCAGCUGCCUCAUCACCAGUCCCUGUUGCAGCCACAUUUACCGCCGCCGCAGCAUCAGUUGCAUCACUCGGCUCAGUCUGCCUUCGUGCUGGAGCAGAGUGAACAGGUCAGAGGGAGGGAAGACUUUGCCAGCAGACUCGCUGGAUCGGCCGUCUUACAACAAAUGAUACCUGGCAGUGGGCAAGUGCUUGCAAGUGGUAUGCAUCGCAGUCAUUCCCACUUCACCGAUCAUGGCCACGCCCAGCUUCCUCACCUCAGCUCAACCACCCAGGUGAACUACGCCCCACCCACCACCUCAACUCAGUCCUCUGUAGACGCACCACCAGAUGGCUCCUUCAUCCCCUCGCAGUCCCCCACACGCCAGCACGACUCGGCAGAUGAACACGACAUAGAGGACGAGGUAGUAGAGGAACCACGAGGGAGCAUGGGCAUCGAUGAGAACAUCAGAGUCGUCACUGUCCCCGAACCGCAGUGCGAGCAAACCUCCACUCCUGCAAUCACUGCAGACAUGGACACGCCCAAGAAACGAGCAGUGCGCCUAGCCCUGGCAGAAACCCAACAGAACAUCAUCCAGACUACUGUCAACACUCUGCAGAACUUGACACAGCGUGGUCCACAAGUCCGGGACGUGGACAUCUGGAAACCUGAUCUGCCGAUUGGCCUGUCCCUGAAGUUCUCCAUCGGUGGGAAGAAGAUUGGUGGAGUACGGUCGGAGCGAUCAUUGGAGAAGGGUGCAAGAUUUGGACCAUUCAAUGGCAAGCUGGUUGACGAAGCGGUAGGGAGUGCGAGGGACUCGGCUUGGGAGCUUUGUAUGCGAGGGAAGGUAUUCUUUUACGUCGAUGGUCAGAACAGAAGUCAUAACAACUGGAUGGCAUUCGUAGAGAGCGCUAACUGCGAAGAGGAACAGAAUCUAGAAGCGUUCCAAUCCUAUGGGGACAUCUACUUCAGAACCACAAAGGUCGUUGAACCAGGAAGUGAGCUCAAGGUGUUCUACAGCGAUGAGUAUGCUAAUCAUGUGGGCUUCAAGACAAAGCUGAGUGAGCUGUCGUUCAAAAACGAAUCCCGGAUUUUUCCAUGCAGUUCUUGCAAAGAAUCCUACACCUCGGUCAAAUGUCUCCUGAGGCACAUGAGGAUGAGUCAUGACCCUGACAGGGCCAAUGAUCUGCGUCCAGUGUUGACUUGGGAGUCGCGAACAACUGUGUCAGAGAAUGCAGAGAAUGAGAAACCUGUUAUGGCAAAGGCAGCCAAGUUACCUUCUCCUCCCCCCAGCAAGAAGACCAAGGUGGUGUCUACGAACAGGUCAAGUUUGGUGGAAGAGAGAUUCAUCUGCACAACUUGCGGCAAGAACUUCCCGACCCGUGGAAGGCUCGCUGCCCACGAAACCUUCCAUGAAUACAGUGAAGAACACAUUUGCCCCAUCUGCGGGGAAUGCCAUAGCAACUCCAACAACCUUGCCAAGCAUAUGGUGUCCCACAAGGCUAAACCUUUCAAGUGCCAAUCCUGCGGGAACACCUUUACUACCAGGAACAUGCUGAGCCGCCACGAGAGGCUCUCACACACCUUCAACCACAAGUGCCGGGUGUGCGGGAUUCAGUUUGUGAAGAAGCGCGAGUUGAAUAGACAUGAGAAGAUGCACCCUGAUUGGAAGAAUUUCAAAGCCUUGCCAGGUAGACCGAAGAGGCAGGAGAGAUGGAAUAAAGUGGUUCAUAGCGAUCAUGAUGGUGAAGAUGGGGAGUUUCUUUUCCUGAACGCUCAAGAGGAAGAGGGACCGGUUGAGAAUCAAGAAGAAGAAGAAGGAGAGAGUAAUUCUAAUCUGCCAAAGGACAUGCUUGGCAAGAGGAUUAACUAUUAUGACCGACCAAGGCCGUAUAAGUGCCGGUUCUGUCCAAAGAGAUAUCUCGGAAGGAAGGCUCAGCUUGAUCACGAGGCUGAAAGACACACCAAGAGGUGCCGCUUCAAGUGCACUCACUGCCCGUCUGUAUUCGCCACGUCGAUUCGCUACGUGGAGCAUGUGAAGAGACACGUUGAGAACCGUCCGUUCCAGUGCCCUCACUGUCCUGGGGCCUUCGCCUCAGAGAGCGCUCUCCAGAACCAUCAGGGCGAGCACACCGGUCUCAAACCGGUCAAGUGCGACGUCUGCGGGAAGGGCUUCCGCACGCGCCACUUCAUGACCGCCCACAAACGCAGGAUGCACAAGGUCCAACAGAUGCGUUUCACCUGCUCCUUCUGCAACAAGCCUUUCUCCGAUAAAGGAAACCUGAUCAAACACGAGCGCCGCCACAAGGGCAUACGACCCUACGUCUGUCUGGUCUGCGGUCAAGGCUUCACCAGCAACUACUGCUUGACUUCCCAUUCCUACACCCACACCAAAGAGAAGCACUUCCAAUGCCGGCACUGCGAUCAGAAAUUCACUCUCAACCAGCAUCUGACCAAUCAUAUCUACAAAGACCAUACGUCCGGUGAGAAAGUACAGAAUGCCCCCCCUGCUCAAGACCAGAGCGCAGCCAGUAUUCCUGCCACACAACCCAUGGAUAUACCCAUGCAGCCACAGCUACAAAUGUAACUCCUAGGCCGGUCCCGACAUUUUCUUGAUCUAUGCGAGUGCUUGCCAGUGUUCUAGAAUUCUUUUGAAAAGGUUCUUGGAAACGUUUUAAUUAAAGUACUCUAUGUUAUAGUAUUGCAAUGAAUGCCAUUCUGACGAUAGUAUUUUCCUGUAUUUUGUGCUUCAUUGUCGCACUGAUGAAAAAUAAAAUACUGGUAUCGCUUAUCGAUAUUAAAGUGAAGUGUGUCAAUCAAUCAAUUAUCCAGGUAUUCUUGCAUUUAGUUGUUGCUAUAAUCAUGAAUUGUGUAAAAAUGAAAUGCACGUAACGGUUUAAGAGGGAAAGGAUAUACACGGAUUUUGCCACAGAGUCACAGACCGCGAGUGGUAUUAGUCUAGUAUAUUAAAUCCUAAUUUGUCAUCAUUAACAGCUCAUGAGAAUUGUUUUGGUAUGCAAUAUAAGCCUUAAAAUAACUUUCGAGCAAAGUUUUGAAGAAAUGAACGUGAUGGACAAAUUUGGCAUUUGGGGGGCUACAACUUCAACUGACCAUUUACGGUACCAUAAAAAUUGUGAAGAAUAUUUGUCCAAAAUGUUUGUUUUUUCUAUUUUAAUUAUGUGUACCUUUCAUGGUAUGAUUUUAAUCAACAAUCAACUUCUAAAUGUUGUUUUUGAACUAGAGAAUGUUCAGAAAUUCUUUGAUUUUACUCUCAUGAAUGAUGAAUGUACCAUGUGAGUAUAUAGUGUAAAUAGUAGCUACUGUCGCUAUGUAUACAACCACUUGUAUACAUGGACUUGUGUGUAUUUAUGUUAUUGCUGUAACUGUUUGUGCUAUAAUCAGAAGAAGAAGAAGAAGAAGAAGAAGGGGGAAAUUCAUUUUCAUGGUGCCACAACACCUAUCAAUCAUAUAAACCUUGGCAUUAUUCUGGUUGGGAUGCAUAUUACAAAAUGUGUACUAUUAAGUUCUGAGACCUUUGCUUUGUCCACGCAUCAGUCAACAUUAGCAGUGGUCAAAAGCUAAUGGCCUCAGAAUUUUUUUUAAAUGAAAUUAUGCCGUCCUUCAAAAUGAGCCUUGCGAGUUUCGACAAACACUGUCUGUUGAGCCCUCAGAGAUACAAGCAUAUUCAAAUUUUAAGUAGCCCCUUCAUUUUGUAUUUACAAAAUAUAUGUAUUUUUUUAAAUUAUUUUAGGACAAGCUAUGGUGUUGAAAAUUGAAAUUAAAUUCUCAAAUAAACAAACCAAUUAGGGGGGGGGGGUACUGGUGUACAUGACUCUAAAACUAGGAAAUGUUGGACUUUAAAAAAAAAUGUAUAGAUUGGAUUUUAUUGGAACCUUUUUUUGUAAUAACAUUUCGUUAUAUCGGUAUUCAAGAACAAUAGAACAAAGGGGAAAAGGUGGACAGGGAAAAUUACCUAAGGAUAGCCCCUUAUAGCAGUGUUCUUUAUAAUGAGGUACAACCGAACCUGUAAUCUUCAUCCAUAGACCUACCUGUAGUUCAAUGCACAUGUACGGUAGUCAUGUAUGUUCGGCGAAUCAUGUAUAAAUUGUCACAAGUGGAUGAUGUCAGUUAACUCAUUGGCACCGUGGCAUGUGACAUAAAGCUUCCUCUUAAAUUGA